CCUGUUUUAUCUACUGUUACCAGAGCCAGUGGUAAACGUGCCUGUUUGAUUUGCCAGGUCAACUAAAGGCCGACUGUGGGACUCAGUCCACAGAACCGUUGAUGGUCCCAGUCACCUCUGCUGCAGAGCACUGGUCACCUGUGGGGGGGCUCCUGCUUCAACCCCGUGGCUUCAGAGGAAGUGGCACGCUACCCUGACCCUGAACACCCUGACUUCCACCUGUGGGACCUGCCGCUUGUGCCCGACACCUCCCCAGUCGAACCUGAGGGAUACAUUGACAGAGACAAACGGUGUACUGGGUUCUCUUAGCUUCGGUGGGAGAGAGAAGAACCUGGAAGAGAAGAGGAAAGCCAGUCUGGAAACACUGAGACAAAUCAGUCGAGCGACUGGCCCGACAGCGAGGCGUGGAACCCCGAGACUUAAAAAGCUGCGGACUUGUGCAAACCCUUUAGAUAAGUUUUCAUAUUGUUUGAUGAGGUUUUAAAUAGAGACACUGUAAAUACUAAGUGAGCAUAAAUCAUCCAAAUAUAGAUGUAGAAGUGAUCCCCUUUCAAAGUGUGAAAACUUCCUUUUUCUGUAAAGUCUCAUUCUCGUGGUGAGGCUGUGUGUGACAGACUGAUACAAGUGGGUCCUCUGAGAAAUCCAGUUGUAGUCCCACAUGAGAUGGAGGCUCAGGAAGUCACGUGGUUGGUUUUUCUGGCCCUAACAAAACAUGUUUCUACAAGUGACCCUGGAAGUCCCGUUAAAUACCCGCCCACUGAACCUAAACUGUCUAUGAGUUCUGAGGUCACAGAAGGUCAGACCAUCACCAUCAGCUGCACUGCUGAAAGUUUCCCACAGUCAACUCUCACCUUGAUGAGGAUCAACACAAAUAAUCAGGCUGAAAUAAUCACUGAAAAUAAUCUUUAUUCACGACCAAUCAACUCUCUCUACCACAAGAUUAAUGUGACAUCAGCCGACGCUGGCUGGUACUUCUGCCGUGCCCAGAACACUGAGGGCUCAAAGAACAGCAAGUGGAAGGAGUUGGUGGUGAAAUACCCGCCCACUGAACCUAAACUGUCUAUGAGGUCUGAGGUCACAGAAGGUCAGACCAUCACCACCAACUGCACUGCUGAAAGUUUCCCAAAGUCAACUCUCACCUUGAUGAAGAUCAACACAAAUAAUCAGGCUGAAAUAAUCCCUGAAAAUAAUAUUAAUUCACGACCCAUCAACUCUCUCUCCCACACGUUUACUGUGACUUCAGCCGACGCUGGCUUGUACUCCUGCCGUGCCCAGAACACUGAGGGCUCAAAGGACAGCAAGUGGAAGGAGUUGGUGGUGAAAUACCCGCCCACUGAACCUAAACUGUCUAUGAGGUCUGAGGUCACAGAAGGAAACUAUCUGGAGAACCUGAGGUUCCUCGUUGUUGCUCUACUUCUCCUGAUGAUUAUCAGUGUAAUUGUGGUAAAUUUAAGAUACUGGAGGAAAUCUGUUCAACAAGGAACAACAAACACCAAAUCUCCUUCUGGUUUUUCGAAUGAACCAGAGAGCCUGCAGGACUAUGAAAACAUUAGUAAUGCAGCUGCACGUGCACCAACAUCUUCAAAUCUAUUUGACGACCACACCAGUGAAGGUGAAGUGGAGCUGAACUUUCCACAGGUGAGAUUCACAGCGACGCCCCGACGUCAGACGACCAACAGAGACUCCAGCAGCUCACACCAAGAUGAGAGUUAAUACUCUGACGUCAGGAUUUGACCCGAGAUGUUCUCGUCCUGCUUUUUACAGCUACCUCGGUCCUGAGGAAGUUUAUAUCCACAAUAAGUCAUCGCAGGGAGGCUGAAGUUUGUGUGUUAAGCAAAAUAGGUCGUAUCUUAAAACUAGUUAGCAAGAAGGCACAGAAGUUACAUUACUGAGCUAAAGUGGAUAAGUAUUUUAAACUGUUAUUCAAAGGUUUUGGGGAAAAAAGUGAACUCAGCAAAAUGUGAGGGAUAAACGGUUAAAAUGCUUAUUUUGCAACUUAAAAUGUAAAUAAUGUGAGUGUAAAAUGAUUGUAUUAAAAUCUUUUUUAUUUUAUCUAUAUAUAUAAAUGACAUGCAGUUAGACAAGAAAUGUAGAGAAUCACUGCUGAAUGUUUUUUUUGUGCUUUCCAGUUUUGUGAACUUAAUCCAAACCCUCACACCUGAAAUGUAAAUAUCCUGUUGCUCAAAAUAAAAUGAAAUAUGUUGGAACAAA